ACCACUUCAUCAUCUGGUCGACCCAUCGAUACACAACCUCCUCAAUCUUCGUCUCCGAGUCCGUCACCAGCGAACCAUCCACCUACCAAACUUUACGGAUCAUCAAUACACAACAACAAUGCCACCGAAAACGAAAGGAGUAGGCAAGCAAAAGGGGGUGCCUAAGAAAGCCGCGGCAGCGGCGCCCAAGGCCAAGGCCACUCCCCCGGGAAGAAGGAAGUCGCGCGCCAGCAGUGUUCAACCCGGUGACCCCGUUCCCCAGGGCAAAAAAAGGCGUUACAGACCCGGCACGCUUGCGCUGAAGGAGAUCCGUAACUAUCAAAGGACGACAGAUUUGUUGGUUGCUAAGCUUCCCUUUGCGCGAUUGGUCCGCGAAAUAGCCAUGCAAUUCCGCCCCAUGGACGAGGAAAUGCGCUGGCAGUCGCAAGCCAUCCUGGCCCUGCAAGAGGCCGCCGAGGCCUUUCUCGUCCACCUGUUCGAGGACACCAACCUGUGCGCCAUCCACGCCAAGCGCGUCACCAUCAUGCAGAAGGACAUCCAGCUGGCUCGCCGGAUACGCGGCGUGUGGGGAGGUGCUGGAUGGGUAUGAGUUGUGAUAGCUCAAAGCGGUGCAGCGAAGUCGCGGCGUAAAGCGGUACGGCUGGUCCAGCAGCGGAAGCGGAAGCGUAGUCGGAGUUGCUGUUACUACUGUGAUGGACUACCUCUGCGGUUUUGGCUUGGCCUGGGCUGGCUAGGCUCGGUUUGGUCCAGGUCAGUCAGUUAUUUUGUUCUUCUGCAAGGAGAAGAAAAGAAAUCGGGGAAGUGGGGGAGGUGGAAAAGAGUCAGGGGCAUGGGUCUCAAAGGUCUCAAAGGCAGUCAGGCCA